UAGCAGCCACAGUACGUACGCGAACGUGCAUGGAGUGUCAUCGCGUUCGUCUUCGCUUCGCAUUUCCAAGAGGAGCCUCUUAUAUUCUUCGCGCAGCACGAUUCGCGAAUUUUUAACUUUUACAUCAGUUACAUUAACAUUUAUAUACGAUAUAAUACAAAUUCUCGCAUUAUUCGUGCUCUCUUACCAUCCGUGAAACAUUUCGCGCGCUGCGAAACUCGACUUAAUUCAAAAUUCGCGGUUCGUCUCGCGGUAUUGUGUGGUCAAAGAGUGCGUGUCGGGACAUAAAAAGUAGUAUAUUUUUUGAUCAUUUAUCGUAUUUGUCACGAGAUCAGUGAUAUAUACGAGCCGGGAAACAUGUAAGAAACACAGUUAAAAGGAAGAGAAAAGAAAGAAAUAAAGAGAAAGCCGUCGCGUUCUCGAACUACGUCUGGAACAACGAUCGAAUCGGAUCACGGACGACGUUCGAUCUCGAUCUGUCAGCCUCGGGAUCGACUGCCGAUGCGAAUCCUCGAUCGAUAUCGACGCUCGUAAGAAUGCGUGGCUGAAACGACGGACGACCUUGUCUUUUCUUUUUUUUACCAUUGAACCAACGAACGAACCAGCCAGUGUCCACCACGCUUUAACUUCAAAUCGAAAUUGAAGAUGCGGCCCGUCGUCACGACCUUCUUACUCGUACCAUUGCUGUUCAUCGCGUGGCAAAACGGCGCGCAGGCCAACUGGUGGUAUCUGGGUGUUGAGCCACGGCUGAAUAGCGGAUCAAGUUCUGGAAGCGGUGGCGAUGGUCAAGCGCAGAUCGUUGGCGCGGGUGUGAUCGGGCCGGCAAGCGCCGAAAAGAACUGCAAGAGUGUGCACCUGACCGCGAAGCAGCAGGCGAUAUGCUCCCGCUCGCCUCCAGUCCUGCAGGCAGUCAGCGCGGGCGCGAGGUUGGCCAUUGAGGAAUGUCAGCACCAGUUUCGGUCGGCCAGAUGGAAUUGCUCCAUCAGCCCGGAAAAUCCGGACAACAUUUUCGGCGGUGUGAUGCUAGUCAACAGUCGCGAGGCAGCGUUCGUGUACGCAAUAUCAGCGGCGGGAGUUGCUUACAGUGUCACCAGAGCCUGUUCCAGGGGCGAACUCACCGAUUGCUCGUGCGACAACCGAGUCAGAACACGCCACCCGAAUAAUUGGCAAUGGGGCGGCUGCAGCGAGGACAUCCACUUCGGAGAGAAAUUCUCGCGAGAAUGGUCUGAUAGUAGCGAGGAACCCGUGAAGGAGGGUGUGCUGCACGGACCAAAAGGGCUGGCUGGCCAGCUGAUGAGGAAGCAUGAUAGCGAAUCUGGCAGACGCGCGGUUCGCUCGAGAAUGCAACGUGUGUGCAAAUGCCAUGGAAUGUCUGGGUCAUGCAGCGUACGCGUCUGUUGGAGAAGACUGCCGGCAUUCAGGGUGGCUGGAGCAGCGUUAGCCGCGUUGCACGAAGGAGCAGCGUUGGUACGACUGGCACAACGUGGAGGUAGAAGACCAGCGAGAUUGAGGCCUGCUCGUCCAGACCUCAAACGACCUAAUAAAACGGACCUAGUGUACCUUGAAGAUAGUCCUGACUAUUGUGAAAAAAAUAUCACGCUCGGUAUUCCCGGGACUAGAGGAAGGAUAUGCAAUCGAACAUCCCUUGGUUUGGACGGAUGUCGAUUACUAUGCUGCGGUCGGGGAUACCAGACGAGAGUCCGGGACGUGACCGAAAAAUGCAAUUGUCGAUUCGUCUGGUGUUGUCACGUGAAGUGCGAGCUGUGUCGGCACAAACGGGAGGAGCACGUGUGCAAUUAGGCGGUAAACAAAAGAAAAGAUAAGAAAAGGAAAAAAGAAGAAGAAGAAGCAAAAAAAAUUGCAUUCCGGUCGGCCUACCUACCGAAAGGUGCUUAACGACCCUCUGCGUCGAGGCAGUUUCUCCACGAUCCCUCGAUACACGAUGGCCCGUUCUCAUGGUCGCAAUGGAAUCAGGGUAGAGAUCGCGCAUCUACCAUCCCCGUGUUUUUUCUUUUUCUGAUAUUUGUUUCUUUUAGUUUGUAUUUUUCUUUUUUUUUUUUUUUUUGUUUGUUUAAGUUAAUUCAAUCGAGGCCGAUUUGGCUCCAGAUAUGGAAGUCAGUCGCGUGCCGAGUAGAGAAAAGCGCCGCGAGAGGCUACGAAGAGUAACACGUUACGUUUAUAGUGCAUUCUGUACCUGACAGUCAGAGUGUCGUAAGUCCACCGCGCUUCGGCAACUAUCGACCUUGAGCGUAUAUAAUGUAGUUUCCGGAUGGUUAGAAUGUUAAGAUGGCAGGAUGUAUCUAAACGUGUUUACGAUGUACAAACUGAUACACGUGAUAUCUUAAUAUCUCUGUUGUUUUUGAUAAUAGAAACGGAUUAAUUACACCCAUCAAAAAGUCAUAUUGCUUUCAAUUGAAAGAAUUGUUACUGAGUUACUUGUGGAAGUGUUAACAUAUAAAAAAAUCUGUACUUUGAGUAAUCCUGAAUUAUUGAAUAAUCGAAAACAAUUCUGAACAAUCGCCGAAAUAUCUCUUAAGAUA